CACUGGUAUGGUCGUGACUGCAUGAAAGCGCUGGUUCUCCAAGCCCUGAGGGACGAAAGUCUGAUUCCCCCUCCUUGCAAUGGCAGCGUCAUUGUGGAGUCGACACUCCUGCCGCUUCUUGAGAAUCGCGAACGCAUGGAAUACUACGAAAAGCAGGACGAGUUCGAUGUCAAGAAGCGUCUGUACUCCUUCAAUAAGCGGCGCUCAAAGUUCCUCGGCUCUCGUCAAGAG